UCAACUCACUAGUCACUGCAUGACAUCCGUUCUCAAAAUGGCGGAAAACUUUCAAGACUAUGCGCAAAACGAACUUGUACUCUCUCGUUCCUCUCCUUGCCAGCUUUUGAAAUGGAAAAUAUCUGCAAACCAGAAGAUCUCGAAAGGUUCAAUUCUUGCCGUGUACAAGAAAAUAGCUGUAGAAAAUCCCAAAGAAUCGCAGAUAGUUGUACUUCCAAAAUUGAAGUCUGAAUUUGGCGGUUCGGUGAAACGCUUGCUGGUCAACGAAGGAGAGCGUGUUAAACCGGGACAACCUGUGAUAUUGCUUGAUGUUUGUGAACACAAAAUUGUUAUGAAAGAAAUGUGUGCGGAAUGUGGUCAAGAUUUGCGACAGGAACCUGGAAUCCCAGGGCAGCUGAAGGAGCCGGUCAGUGCAUCAGUUGCUUUGGUACAUAAUAUUCCCGAGCUCAGAGUUAGCCAAAAGGAAGCAGAGAUCUUGGCAAGAAAGGACAAGGAGAUUUUGUUGAAAAAUGGCAAACUAGUGCUUCUUGUAGAUUUGGAUCAAACAUUGAUUCACACAACAACUGAAAAUGUUCACCCAGAUAUGAAGGAUGUUUAUCAUUUUCAACUGUAUGGCCAAAGCAAUUGGUACCACACAAAGUUCAGACCUGGUUGGAAAAAAUUCUUAGAGAAUAUGUCGAAGUGCUAUGAGUUGCACAUAUUUACAAUGGGUUCAAGGAUGUACGCCCACACAAUAGCACGCAUGCUGGACCCAUCCGGUGUCUUGUUCUCUGAGAGAAUCCGUUCACGCGAUGAAAGUUUUGAUAUGUUUUCAAAAUAUCGGGAUCUCAGAGCUCUGUUUCCCUGUGAUGAUUCAAUGGUAUGUAUCAUAGAUGAUCGUGAAGAUAUCUGGGAUUGUGCUCCAAACCUAGUCACGGUCAAGCCAUAUCGAUAUUUCACAGGAACUGGGGAUAUCAAUGCCCCUCCUGGAUCGGAACAAGCAUUCACACACCCCUCUGCAAUACCAUUGCACGAGAAUGCCACUGAGGUUGGCGUCGAAGAUUCCAAAGAUGGAAAGGAUGCUGAUGAGAUGGAUAAGGAGAGUGAAGAGGUUAUCGGGAAAAGCACAGAAACUUCGAUGGAUAAUUCUGAGAAAAAUGUAUCUGAUGUUUCUGAGAAUACCUCAACAGAGGAAGAUAAGUUGGAAGGUGGUGGAAGUGAAAGGAAUGUAGUUGAUGAAGUGAACCAACUGGAGUCAAACCCUAUCGAAGAGAAAGAAAAUAAGGAUGGUGAAGUUGUCGCUGGAGAGAAUAAACAAUCUAAGUCAAAUGGUGAGGAUGUUGAAGAAACAGACGAUGGUCAUAAUUCCGAGAAAGAGAACGACAAUGUUAGCACACAGGUUUCCGAUAAAUCUCACGUGGGGGAUACUAUAGAUGGGAACCAUAUCGAGGAUCACGACGAUUACCUCUUGUACUUGGAAGAUAUACUUCGUAGAAUUCACAACAGUUUCUACGAAGUGGUUGCUUGGAAUAAGCAAGCAGAGGAGAAAGGUGAUGCCGCGGCUUCUGUUGCACCAGAUCUGAGGUGUAUCGUACCCGAGUUGCGACGAAAUGUUUUAAGAGGAACGAACAUCGUUUUCACCGGCGUUAUACCGACGAACACGGCCCACGAGGAAAGCCAGGCGUGGAAAAUUGCACAGCAAUUUGGAGCAAAUGUCAGCAAGGAUUUGUUGACUCAAAAAAACACCUCUGAACGAAGUAAACGCACGACACAUGUUAUCGCUGCUAGACCAGGCACCGAGAAAGCUUGUCAGGCGUUAAGAUCUCCCGCGGUUCGAUUGGUCAAUCCGAACUGGCUGUGGACAUGCGCAGAGCGGUGGGAUUGGGUGGACGAACGGUUGUUCCCGGUUGAGGACUAUCACGAAUACAAAGCUCAAAGGAACGACACUCCGACAUCGUCCAGGCGAAGUACACCAAGACGCCAGCUUGGUGAUGAGACGGGUUCUAAAAACAGUAAGAUAACAGAGGAAGAUGAAUCGGAUGAAACAGUCGAUCACAUCUCUGAUGAUAAUUUGAAAAUUGUCUUGAAUCCGUUUUUGGGUUUCUCAAGAGGCGAAAUGGAAGCGAUGGACAAAGAAGUGGAAGAUUUGAUGAGAUCCAGCGACGAAGAGGAUGAAGAUGAUAAAGAAGACAGUAAUAAACAAAUUCUAGGAAGUGUCUCCAGUUCUAGUAAUUCUACAGAGAAUGGCAAUGAUAUGUUGAAGAGUGAGCAUUCUUUGGGCGAGGAUCUUACUGAUGGAAGUUUUCAAGGGGAUUGCACGACCGACAACGCAGGAAAUUUCUCGACAAUCAAACAGAAUCGUAACGAGGAUGAAGGAAGCCCGUCGAAACGUCGCAAGCUGGAUUUCGUGGAAGAUAAUGGAGACGAGGAGGGUAGUAUGGGAGAGUUUAGUUCAGAUGGGGAUAGCAGUGGAUCAAAUAGCGGGGAUGAUGAGGGAAACGAUAUGGCUGCCAUGUUAGAGGCGGAGUUGAAUCGGCCAUAACCUUCUGUAAUCAUUCAAAAUAUUUGUACCUAAGAUCGUUCUUAGUUCUAAACUUACACUAAAAUUUAAAAAUUUACAAACCGUCGUCCGACAACACAUACAGCACUCCUGUUAAGUUUUGAAGAUUUGCUUACGGUUCAUCUUGUUGUGUUUCGUUUGGAGAAUGCAAACUACGAUAUUCACGUUUCUCCCACAAUAAAGUCUCUAUAACUGGUCAUUUUACCUUCAGAGAAAAAUAGGUGUACGUUUAUUUUGUUCAUAGUUAUGACAAUUGAUAAAAUGAAUUGUUGUAAUGUAACUGUAUUAUACUCAGUAAUUGUCACGUGCACAAGUUUACUUGGAAGACAUGGUUUAAAGUCAGUAUUUAGUAUACAUGCACCAUAAUCGCCGCCAACAACGGUAUAACUAAGUGUAUUUUUGGGACUAAACUUAUCUCAGUUACCAGACUUAAAACCGUUAAAAUGCACGUUUUCUAAAAACGAAA